GAGUACCGAUGGUGGAACGAAAAUUCGGCACGUUACCCCAACCAGGUUUACUACCAGCAUUACAGCAGCCCCGUCUCGCAGGACGUCUUUGUUGCCGACUGCUUUAACAUCACGGUGACCGAAUACAACAUCGGACCGGCCGCCAAGAAGAACACCUCGGAGGCCAGUUCGGCGGUGAACCAAACGGAGACGGAGCUGGAGACCAAGGUGGUGACGAAGGUGAUCCGGGAGAUGUGCAUCCAGCAGUACCGCGAGUACCGCCUGGCCUCCGGCAUCCAGCUGCAUCUCGCCGACGCCUCCCUCGCCGCCCUCCUCCUCCUCACCCUCUACGCCAUGCACUGA